GUCUAAUUGAGCGAACUUAUACCGUCUGCUUGCUUUUUCGCAUUAAUUCCUUCUUUUAUCACUUAGAAUUGUUUCUUUCAGCUAUUAUAGUAUCUUUCACGAUGCCCGAACGGGUGAAAACAGUCUUCGAAGAUCCGGACGAGGUACCCGCUGGCGGCGGAAAAGACAAAGUCACGACAGGGAAAGGGAGCACCGAGACAGAAUCCGCGAAAAGGAAGACGCCCAGCAACGAUGAUGACAAGAAGAAUAAAAAGAAGAAACGGAAGCAUAAUGAGCUGGCCGAGAACUCGAAAGCUCAAACUCCGGUAGCCGCAGAGGACCAGCCCGAGCCGUCGCGCAACUCCGAAGAGAAGGUCGUGAGUAAAAACAAGAACAAUGCGAACGUCGCAUCCGAUAAGUCGAAGCACAAAAGGAAGGAUCAGAAGCAGAGGCUAUUGAGGGAUACAAAGACGAACUUCAACUCGUUGAAGGAAAAGGCCAAUACGUUGUAUACGAUUCGCAAGAACCUUCCUAUCUUCCCUCACGCCGACGAGAUCCGACAAUGUCUGCGCAAGAACGAUGUGAUGCUUCUCAUUGGUGAGACUGGUAGCGGAAAGAGUACGCAGAUUCCUCAGUUUUUGGUCAAUGAGCAAUGGUGUCGGCCGACGAAGACAACGGUUGUUCAGGAGGAUGGAUCGCGCAAGGAGAUAGAGGUUGGUGGCUGUAUUGCUAUUACGCAGCCCAGGCGAGUUGCUGCGAUUUCGCUGGCCAGACGUGUUGCGGAGGAAAUGGGCACGCCGCUUGGGUCGUCGUCUCCUGCGAGCAAAGUCGGUUACUCCGUUCGUUUCGAUACGUCUACAUCUCCUAGUACACGGGUGAAGUUCCUCACGGAGGGUAUGCUGCUACAAGAAAUGCUGCACGACCCUUCAUUGACCAGGUACAGUGCGAUCGUCGUUGAUGAAGUGCACGAGCGCGGUGUCAAUGUUGAUCUUCUGUUAGGAUUUUUAAGAAACUUGGUCUCGGGGAAGCGAGAGGGACGAGGCGAAGUGCCACUGAAAGUCGUCGUUAUGAGUGCCACGGCGGAUAUGGAGAGCUUACUUGGGUUCUUUCAAGAAGGAUAUCAAGCUCAACACUCUGGAGAAGAAACGCAAAACGGCACGAAGAGUGUGACGGACGGGAAUGCCUCAGGAAAACCAAACGAUUCCGAAAAGAAGAAUGAUGAAAUUGCCGUCUGCCAUAUCAAGGGAAGACAAUACCCUGUAAAAACAAUUUACUCCCCUGAGCCAGUACAUGAUUUUGUCGACGCAGCGCUCAAGGUUAUCUUCAAUAUUCACUACAAGGAGCCAUUACCUGGAGAUAUUUUGGUCUUCUUAACUGGGCAGGAGACUGUAGAAGCCUUGGAGCAAUUGGUUAACGAGUAUGCUAUUGGAAUGGACCCUGCAUUGCCGAAAAUUCAAGUCCUACCAUUGUUCGCUGCUCUUCCUCAAGCCGCGCAGCAACGCGUGUUUGUCCCCGCGCCGCCUCGGACUCGCAAAAUCAUUCUGGCUACGAACAUUGCUGAAACCUCGGUGACUGUCUCUGGCGUACGGUUUGUCGUCGAUUGCGGAAAAGCCAAAGUGAAGCAAUUCCGCUCACGUCUUGGGUUGGAUUCCCUUCUGGUUAAGCCAAUCUCUAAAUCCGCUGCGAUCCAGCGUAAAGGUCGUGCUGGACGAGAAGCUCCUGGUCAGUGUUACCGCUUGUUUACUGAGAAGGACUACCUCGCCUUAGAUGAGGUUAAUACUCCAGAGAUUCUACGGUGCGAUCUCAGUCAGGCGUUGCUUAAUAUGAAGGCUCGUGGCGUCGAUAACGUCAUGGGAUUUCCCUUCCUGACACGGCCCCCGCGAGAAUCCUUGGAGAAAGCACUCCUCCAGCUACUGAGCAUUGAUGCGCUUGCAGAGUCUGGCGAUAUCAGCCCGAUCGGAUUGCACAUUGCCAAACUUCCUCUCACUCCGACUCUCGGUCGCGUUUUACUUGCGGCAUCGGAGUAUGGAAGUGACUGUCUAUCCGAUGUGAUCGACAUAAUCUCAUGCUUCAGUGUGGAGAACAUUUUCUUGAACACGACAUCGGAGGAAAAGAAGGAGGAGGCGGAGAAAGCGCGACGGGACCUUUAUCGGAGAGAGGGCGAUCAUCUCACCAUGCUUGCCACCGUGCAAGCCUACGCUCUGGAGAACACUGAUCGUAAGGCAUGGGCUGAGAGGCACAUGGUUUCGCACCGGGCAAUGCAAGCCGUAAUGGAUGUCCGUAAGCAGUUAAUUACUCAAUGUCGACAAGCAAAGCUCCUCCCCAACCCAAGUGACACUCGGGAUCCCUCCACAAAUUCCAUCACCCGAGAACCGUCGCCUAUUCACAUACUGAAGAGUUUCCUACGCGGCUUCUCUACCAAUACCGCCCGGCUUGUGCCGGACGGUAGCUACCGAACCGUUGUCGGGAACCAAACGGUGGCGAUCCACCCGUCCAGUGUGUUGUUUGGCAAGAAGGUCGAAGCCAUUAUUUACAAUGAGUUCGUCUUCACGAACCGCAGUUAUGCUCGGGGUGUGAGCGCAGUGCAGAUGGACUGGGUUGGGGAAGCGCUGGCCGGGCAAUAGAUUUCUUGAUCCUUUUUCUUCAUUUACUUUCUGUUUUCUGUUUUUAUUCCUUUUUUAUGACAUUUGGGGGCCUUGUACAGUUCAGCCCACUUGACAACCUUCCCGGUGUAGAAUUUAUACCCAAUGAUCUUUGUACAGGAUGCACAUGCGUAAUAGUCACUCUAUUCUAGAACUCCAAUACAAUUCCGAAGACCACAGUGCCACGGCUCCUUUCAGUUUGGGUUCUCCUUCUUCUCUAUUUCUCCCUUCUUGGUUUAAUAGAUUAGUACUCUGUUUUAGCGAGUGCUCG